CUGUUUAACCCAGAGAUGGCAUCCACUGUGGGUCUGAAAGAAGCAGCUGGCAGCCGAAGUUCAUGGGAUGCUUUACUACCAGAUUUCCCUAAAGGAGCACUUUGCAGAUAUCGUAAGAAAGCUUCCUUCAACUGGAAGGAAAUGGCAGUGUUUUUAGAUGGGGAAGAUAUCAUCCAACUCAAGAAUAGAAUCUUCUCUGCUUUAGAAAAUGAUCCUUUCUUUGCACAUCAUCCUGGAGAAGAUUUGAGCCGUGAGAAAUAUCAGGAGCUGACAUUCCUGCGCUGUAAAAGGAUCUUUGAGUAUGAGUUUCUUACUCCACAAGAGAUCAAAGAGAACCCUAUAAGAAUUUUUCAUAUGACUAGUUUUUUAGGGAUGUAUGAUUGGUCUGCAUGUCUCCAGUAUUUUUUACAUAGCAGUGUAUUUGCAGGUGCAAUUUUGAGUGCUUCUGGGACGUUUGCUGACUUUGUGAAAAAAGUUUAUAACAUGGAGAUUUUUGGAUGUUUUGCUCUUACUGAACUCAGCCAUGGGACUAAUACAAAAGGCAUACGAACUACUGCCACAUUUGACAGCAGCACUCAGGAAUUUAUCAUCAACACUCCUGAUUUCGAAGCUGCAAAGUUCUGGGUUGGUAAUAUGGGGAAAAAUGCCACUCAUGCAGUUGUGUAUGCCCAGCUCUAUACUCCUGAUGGACAGUGCCAUGGAUUGCAUUCCUUUAUUGUACAGAUUCGAGAUACAAAAACUCUCCUACCAAUGCCAGGUGUGAUGGUAGGUGACAUAGGAAAGAAAAUUGGGCAGAAUGGAUUGGAUAGUGGAUUUGCUGUGUUCCAUUGUGUCAGGAUACCUAAAGAAAACAUACUGAAUGUAGCUGGAGAUGUCACACCUGAAGGGAAAUACUCGAGCUCUUACAAAGAUGUGAAAGAUCGUUUUAGUGCUUCACUUGGGUCCUUGUCCCCUGGCAGAGUUCAGAUUACAGCAAUGUCCGUGACCAAUUUGAAGCUCGCCUUAACUAUCGCCAUUCGCUUCUCAGCAACUCGCCAUCAGUUUGGGCCAGCUGAUGGUGAAGAAAUACCUGUUCUGGAAUACCAAAUGCAGCAAUGGCGCCUUCUUCCUUAUCUGGCUGCUGUAUAUGCAUUAGAUUAUUUCUCCAGAUCCCUAUUUGAGAACUUUAUAGUAUUUUAUAUAGGCUUAUUGACAAAGGAAAGGAGUCAGAGACAGGCUGAUUUGGGACGUGAGAUUCACGCCUUAUCUGCUGCCAGCAAGCCGCUGUCUUCUUGGACUGCUCAGCAGGCGUCCCAGGAGUGCCGAGAAGCUUGUGGAGGACACGGCUACCUUGCCAUGAAUCGUCUGGGCGAAAUUCGUAAUGACAAUGACCCAAACUGCACGUACGAAGGUGAUAACAACGUCCUACUUCAGCAAACAAGCAACUACUUAAUGAGCUGGAUGAGUUGCAUAAGAGAGAAAGUUCCUUUCGAGUCCCCUUUUGGAACAAUAAACUUUUUGCAGAACUACCACCACAUCCUUGGCCAGAAAUUCACAGCCGUUAGUGUUGAAGAUUGCAUGGACUCUUCAGUUCCCUUAGCAGCAUAUAGAUGGCUGGUUUGCUACCUGCUCCGAGAAAGCGAUCUAAAGCUGAACAAGGAGAAGCAGGCUGGGCAAAGUGAUUUUGAGGCAAGAAACAACUGUCAGGUGUACUACUGUCGCUCAUUAGCGAUUGCUUUUAUUGAGCAAACAGUCUUGCAAAGAUACCAUGACUACACCCAUGAUCCCAGCGUGCCAUCUACUCUGCAGCCUGUGCUCAAGAAUCUCAGUGCUCUGUAUGGCCUCUGGUCUAUAAGUAAGCAUCUGGCUGUGCUCUACCAAGGUGGCUAUGUUUCAGGUGAACAAGCUGGAAGGUUUAUUCAGAAUGCUAUUUUGGAACUUUGCCACAGGUUGAAAAAUGAUGCCGUUGCUUUGGUUGAUGUCUUUGCUCCUCCUGACUUUAUUCUCAACUCUCCCAUUGGCAAAGCUAACGGAGAGUUAUAUAAAAAUAUGUGGGCCGAGAUCCUUCAAGGAAGCAAAGCUCUGAACAGACCUUCAUGGUGGGCAGAAUUUUGUACUAAUAAACCUGUUAUAGGCAGAUUGAGGUCAAGAUUAUAAGUG